UAUCAAAUGCUGUUAUAGAUUUUUAUAUGUUCACAUCAUAUGUUCUUAACACUCCAGAAACCAAAAACCUCCUUAACUUGUUGAUUAAAAAAAAUUUAUAUUUUGUGAAAAUUUCUAAAACUUUUCUUAAAAAUGGCAGAAGCUAAUGUCCAACCUGAAAUAACUUUAGCUACAGUAAAAGAGCAUAAUAAGCCAAAUGAUCUUUGGGUAGUUAUUGAUAAUAAGGUUUACAAUCUGACGAAAUUUAGAAGUGAGCAUCCUGGUGGUGAAGAAACAUUAGAUGAUGCUGCUGGCCGUGAUGCCACAAAAGAUUUCGAAGAUGUUGGUCACAGUAGCGAAGCUAGGGAAAUGAUGAAAAAAUAUUACAUAGGAGAUUUGGCGAAGAGGGAUCGUAAGGUUCAAUUGCCAGUUAGAGAAACUGGAAUCAUACUUGGUGCUUUGUUGAUUGGAAUUGUUGCAGUUUAUUUAAUUAAGAGAAAUAUAUUGAAAAAUUAAUAAUAUAAGUGUUAGCUAUGCAUUCCUUUUUAUUAAC